AUGGCACGUCUUGUCGACGUCGCCCGGGAUGCGGACGAACUUAUCCCCAAACGUUCGAAGUGCGCAGCCUCGAUCACACACUUUUUCUCCCCCGACGAGCUGCGGUAUACGUUUGGGGUGACGGAACAGGCGAAAGUUCCCACACACGAGGAAGUCUUCCCCGAACUCGAAUACUCAGAAGACGGAGAACUAAAUCGGAUACGAGUGCAACUUUUUGGAAAGUGGCACAACAUCACGCUCGAGCCGGCCACCUCAAAGUUGUUGGCCGACUUCGUGACCGCGGUGGUUAAAGAUGACCGGAAAGGCGGUCAACUUCAAUUCAACCAAGAAGUCAACCACUGUCACUACCGACAUCUCGGAAAUGGCACAAUCGCCGCCAUCUCGAAUUGUGGAGGCCAGAUCAAAGGGACAAUCAUCGAUGAGAAUGGGAUCCACGUUAUCCACCCGUUUCCGGAAAGGCAUGCCCAUCGCAGCAAGCGGGAGGCUAAUGCCCUCGGCGUCCACAUCGUCUACAAACGCGACGCGAUCGCCCCUAAAGCCGAGGAAAAUGAAUUCUGCGGAAUUGACAACGUCGUCACUGAAGAAGAUCUCUACGAAGAUGAGACAGCCAUUUUUGAAGACGUCUUCGUCACUGGCCAGCAGCUAGUCCAGGAAUCUGACCUCAUCGUGGAAUUGGCCGUCUUUGUCGAUGAAACACUUUGGCGCCAUUUUUCGAGUAAAUACGGUGGUGCGGCAAACUCCAAGCUACAAGAUUAUUCGCUGACGCUGUUGAAUAAUAUUCAGAUAAUGUACUAUCAGCCGACCGCUUCUCCCCCAUUGACGUUCAAAGUCAUCCGCUACGAGGUUUUGACGAGUCAACCGCGUUCCCUGGCCCCAAAUCUUCAUCAAUACGGCCACGCUCAACGUUAUUUGGACCUAUUCUGCAAGUAUCAGAGGGACCGUGGCUUCAGGGACUGGGAUCACGCUAUUUUGUUGACUGGUUACGACAUCCAUCGUGGAGCCGGUUCGCGAUCCAUUUCCGGAAUUGCCCGCUUGGAUGGCAUGUGUGACCCUUGGAAUACCUGUACCCUCGCUGAAGGCCUCGACUUCACCUCGGCUUUCAUCGGAACCCACGAGCUUGGCCACAGUUUGGGAAUGCGCCACGAUGAGCCCUACUGCCCGUCGAAGCACAUCAUGAGUUCCUCAUUGGGCCCCGGAAAAGUGACGUGGUCAACCUGUUCGUUGAGGGAUUACCACCAGUUUUUGCAGCGUCUUGAUGGUCGCGGCAAGAACUGUAUGCGCAUCUCGAACAUGCCGGCCAAGCUGUCGAUCCCUGUCGGCUCCAAACCCGGCCAGAUCUACGAUGCCAACCUUCAAUGCGAGCUGAUGCACGGACCAGGGUACCAUCAGGUCACCCCCCGCGUCGACCACUACGACGGCAUCUGUUACAUGAUGUGGUGCGGACAGUCGCAAUUCGGAAGAAUCAUCACUUCGCAUCCAGCACUCGAAGGCACCUUCUGUGGCCCCAGCAAAUGGUGUAGUCUGGGACGAUGCGUACCCUGGAAUGGGCAAGAUCGCCAACCCGCUCCUCAGCAGUCUGCUCCUGCUGUUCCUUCAUCACCUUCGCGCCAAGACGGCUCGUGGUCCGGCUGGUCUGGUACCAACUGCAACCAGUGCUACUGUUCUCCGUUAGCUGGCGGAAUUGGUGUCGCCAUCUCCAAGCGCACCUGCUCGAAUCCAUAUCCUGCCAAUGGCGGCUCGGAAUGUACCGGAUCUUCUCAGCGAGCUAUCGUUUGCGAUAUGAGCUGCUCGACGUCGUCGAAAAGUGUCGAUAGGUACAUUGAAGAAAAAUGCACCCAACAUAAGCGGCUGAAGAACGAUCGCGACCUGACUGGAAUGGGAAGUCAAUUGACCAGAUACCCGCAGAGGGCUUGCAAGGUAUUCUGCGAUACCAUCACGCGAGGUGGAAUCCGGAAUUAUCGAUUCUUUGGCGAUAACCUUCCCGAUGGAACCAGCUGUGGAAAUGAUAAAUAUUGCUUGGGAGGAGAGUGCUUGUCCCUAUCCUGCGACAACCGCGCCAUCAUCGGUCGCGACUUGCCGUGCCCAUCUGAAUCCUGCGCGAUCCGACAACCUCCAACCCAAGCUCCUCAAUCCGGAGCCUGGACCACGUGGAGUCAAUGGUCGCAGUGCUCGGUGUCGUGCGGAGGAGGUUACCGUACUCGAUCACGGGCAUGUUCAAGGCCGGGAUUCUGCUCGGGGACGGACAGCGAGCAGGAAACGUGCUCCACCGAGGCUUGCCCCCGAAUUACCUCCACCGUGUCCAGCUGGGCCGGCUGGACCGAAUGGAACUCGUGCUCAGUGUCCUGCGGCCGGGGCUCGCAGGCUCGGUACCGGAAAUGCGUGUCCCCGCAGGGGAACAUCGCAUUCAACUGCCCAGAGAAGAACAUCGAGGUGCGGAACUGUGAGGCUGGACCUUGCUCGGGAGUUGGAGUGUGGGCCACAUGGUCCGGCUGGUCUGGAUGCUCGACGAGUUGUGGGCCUGGAACGAUGAUUAGGCAGAGGGAGUGCCAGAGGGAACCAUGCGACGGCUCCGCAACGGAACGUCGAUCCUGCAACGCCGCAACCUGCUCCCAAAUAUCGACGUCCCGAUGGACCGGCUGGUCCGAAUGGUCCAACUGUAGCAGACUCUGCGGACGGGGACUCAAAACCCGGACACGGUCGUGCACAGGGGGCCAGGAUUGCCCGGGUCAAAGCCGGGAGCAGGAGUUCUGCAACGAGCAAGAGUGUGCACAGGAUCCCAGCGAAGGCGACUGGUCGGAAUGGUCGGCGUGGGGCUCGUGCUCGGUCGCAUGCGGCGCGGGUGUUAAGAGGAGGACGAGAUACUGUAGGACGGGCAACUGCCCGGGCAGCUACAAAGAAUCGGCCAUCUGCAACGAGCAAGAGUGCGAGGCGCACAACGCGGCAUGGGGAGGUGAGGAAGAAGACGACGAAACCCAAAAACAAACCGGCAUUGACCGCCUAAUCAAAAGAAUAACAAAACGGACCGGCCGUAUCCAAGCCCUCGUCCCAAAAGACAAUGAACUCUACCGCAUCUCGGAGUCGGAGUUCCCGGAAUUGACCGGGGAUCCGCUCUCCGGUCCAACCACGAAAUCCCCUCAAACUAACCAACUCGCUGCCGAUGCUGCCGUCUAUUUCUUUGGGCGCGCUAGGGUAAUUCCGAGUGGCCCUGCAGGCUGGGGCUACUGGUCGGCGUGUUCGGAGACAUGCGGUUACGGUGUCCGGAAACGGGUCCGAAAGUGCUACGGUAGCGGAGCGUGCGGCGGAGAGGCCUACGAGCGACAGAACUGCUUCAUCCGCGCGUGUCCCUUCCGGAGAAGC